AUGCACGAACACAUGUACACAACCCUGUUGAAAAGAAAGUCCAGCCCAGGGUCUGUGUGUGUGAGAGGGAGCGCUAGAGAGGGCAAGACAAGUCUGGAACAGUUGAGCAUGGGAACUGGGACAGGGAAUUGUGUCCUGUCCGUGGGCCACAGCCACGUCCACCGACCUGAGAAAGCAAUAGAACUGAGCCCUGGGAGGACGCAGAAUAACACUAAUGAUUGUUGAUGAUUGUCAAAGAGUAGUCAAAGACUAGAUGGAUUAUCGGGAUAUAAAGUGAUAGAUUAGUGAGUAAUCAGUGAUGUCUCAGUUGUAUAGUAGUAGUAUAAAACUUUAUCCCCAGAGGGAACUUGUUUUUGCAGCAAAGUCAUCCAUACAAACAAGACAGACAUUUCAACAACAUUAAGGACUUAACACAGUAUAAGAUAUGCAUUGCAUUUGGCUGAUAUGGGUAUUUACCAGUGUGUUGUGACAUGAACACUAAAUCCCCUGUCUUCUCUGCUUCCCAGGAAGCCUGCAGACCUCCAGAACCUGGCCCCAGGCACACACCCUCCCUUCAUCACCUUCAACGGGGAGGUCAAGACAGACGUCAACAAGAUAGAGGAGUUCUUGGAGGAUGUCCUCAGCCCACCCAAGUGAGUCGUCUGGUCUGGGUUGCAACAGCCCGUCACGUCCACUAGGCACAUCACACUGUGUACUGUAACCUAGUUAUCUACACUUGGAGGCACUCUGCUUGUGUCAGAUCUAACCAGGUGUAUCAUCUGUUUGUGUGUGUGUAGGUUCACCAAGCUUGGCGCCAGACACCCUGAGUCCAACACUGCUGGGAUGGACAUCUUUGCCAAGUUCUCAGCCUUCAUCAAAAACUCAAAACCCGAUGCCAACGAAGGUGAGCUUCCACUCCCUUUAACAUAAUUAUCAAGCGUGUGCUUCACCAGUUCUGUGGUUGCUAGGCGACAGCGGUAGCCUGAGGUGAUUGGUGGCUGGGUGAAAGCGGGGAGCCUGACAUGGCAACACAGAGCUUUUAUUCUCUGGGGUGCCCUCUCUCUGUCCCCAGGACCAUUCCUGCCACUGUCCCCCUGUAUCCCAUGUGACCUUGCUGGGCUCUCUAAAAAACAAAAACAAACGCCUGGUAAAAACAACAGAGCGAGAUGGUCUGGAAAUGAGCUCAAAGCAACUCUUGUCUCCCCUGGCUUUGGUUUAACAGGCAUGCUACAGCUAUAAAUAUAUUGCCCACAGACAUGUUUUGUGCAAGACAAAAGAGAUGACAGUAUACUGUAGCUUUGCCUCAGUCAUAUUGGCUAAUGUUUCUCUGUCUGUAUGCCAUGUUAAUCUGGGGUAAGCUGUUUAUGACACAGUAUCAGUUCAUGACCUCUGGUAUCUUGUUUGGUUUCUUUCUAUUCUCCACCCUGCGGAAAUAUUGACCUAUCGUGACGGUUGGCUUUGAAUAUCUUCUGGGCUAUGUCAACAGCACUUUAAUGCUGAAAGUCAUAUCUGAAUGAUAAGCAUGCCCUAUUUAUAGGACAGUCAUACUGUAAAAUUUAAAACACAAUAUGCCUAGUCACACUCUCCCCAACUGACUUAAAUACCCAACAUUCCAAUAAGUAGAAUUUGCUCAGUGAACCACAAUUAGUCCAACCCCUGCUAUCUAUUUUGGCUGUAUGGACUACUCCUUAUUUGGGGUCUCAAGAUAAUGCCAAAAACUGGGAUCAAGGAAUGUACUCUGUCAAAGUACUUCAGCAAGGCAGCUUAAGUUCUGCCAUCUUGCUAUGAAAUGCUGUCCUCGUGUGGCAGACUACAGAACUGCUGUGUGUAUCAUGUAGUGUCAGUUUGAAAAGUGGUCCAGAAUACUCAACACAAUGCAGGCAGGCUGCUGUUGUUGUGCUAGUUAGAGAUGAUAAAUGUUCCUUUUUUUGCUGUAGGUCUGGAGCGGGGGCUGUUGAAGACCCUGCAGAAGCUGAAUGAGUACCUGCGCUCCCCACUGCCUGACGAGAUCGACCACAACAGCAUUGAGGACGUCAAGAUCUCCACUCGCAAGUUCCUGGACGGUGACGAGAUGACACUGGCUGACUGCAACCUCCUGCCCAAGCUGCACAUCGUCAAGGUAAGAGCAGAACCCAAUAAACAGGACCUUAUACACCGAGUGUACACAACAUUGUAUACUCACUGCUCUUUCCAUGAGAUAGACUGACUAGGUGAAUCCAGGUGAAAGCUAUGAUCCCUUAUUAAAUCCAAUUCAAUCAAUGUAGAUGAAGGGGAGGAGACAGGUUAAAGAAGGAUUUUUAAGCCUUGAUACAAUUGAGACAUGGAUUGUGCAUGUGUGCCAUUCAGAGGGUAAAUGGGCAAGACAAAAGAUUUAAGUGCCUUUGAACGGAGUAUGGUGGUAGGUGCCAGUGCUCCGGUUUGUGUCAAGAACUGCAACACUGCUGAGUUUCACGUUCAACAGUUUCCCGUGUGUAUCAAGAAUGGUCCACCAACCAAAGGACAUCCAGCCAACUUGACACAACUGUGGGAAGCAUUGGCGUCAACAUGGGCCAGCAUCCCUGUGGAAUGCUUUCGAUACCUUGUAGAGUCCACGCCCAGACGAAUGCGCCAUCCAUGCGCAACUCAAUAUUUUGAAGGUGUUCCUGUUUGGUAUACUCAGUGUACACACGUUACAGUUGAGUUAGCGAAGUCCCUAUAGUAAUCCCUCAGCAAAGCUACCUGUGCUAUUCUUAUGGUAAAAUGGAAUGCUUAUGUUAGACAAAUAGAGUACAUCUUUACACAGCAAAGCCCAGAGCGCUUAGUGAUUUAUGCAUUCUGCUACCCAAAUCAUUUUGUACCACCCUUAGCCUACAGAGGGACCGCUUCUCUAGAAGUUUAUCUAAGACUAACUUAAUUCAUCAAUGUCCCCCUCCAUCCACAGGUGGUGACCAAGAAGUACAGAGGCUUUGACAUCCCCAAGGACAUGACGGGCAUCUGGCAAUACUUGCAGAACGCCUACACGCACGAGGAGUUCACCAACACCUGCCCCAGCGACAAAGAGAUCGAGAUCGCCUACCAAGAUGUGGCCAAGAGGCUGGUCAAAUAGGCCCGUCCCACCUCCACACCCUCCUCCCCCACGCCACCUCUAUCCUCCAGCACUGGGACUGGUCUGUUCAGACACGAGAAAGAAAACUAUGGACUACCUUUCCUUCUCUCCUCAAUUAGAGCAAACCCAAUGCAUGAGCUCCUUUGUUCCUACUUUUCCCUUUUAUUUUUGGAAGAUCUCUUGAGUACAUGAAGCAGCUCAGAAAGGUCACUGACGGUCCAUUGUUUAUUGCAUUUUUUGUUUUCUCUUUGUUAUGAUGAUUUGACUGGCGAGGUGGUCGAGGAGCUUGUCAGUGUUGGAGGGCAAUCUAUACACACUCCUUAUAAAGUGGCCUUCCGGCUGACCCUCUGUCUCCACACGGGAAUAUGGUCACAAGCUGUUUUUUUCUAUUGUCCGUUCAACUGUUCAAUAUUGAUUUGCUUUUUAGGCUUGCUAUGAAAGUGAAUAUUACAAGGCUGAUAUUGUGUUUUGGCUACGGAGUUGAUUUAUACAGUGUUGAAAGCUUCAGUGUUUUUGGCUCUAGAGGAUAAAUGAGGGCAGGUUUCACUGCAUGUAGACAGACGCUAGGCCAAACCACCGAGUUUGACAUAUUGGUGCGAUAUGCUUCAUUUUACUGUUGCGUUCCUUAAGUCAAUUGCAAUAACUAUUAUACAGGUAAAGCUACCUGUUAUCCAUGCUCUGAUACAAUUUCCUCCAUGACCUUAUGCUGAGCUCAGUCAGGGCUUUCCGAGAUGUACCUGCACCAGGUGCUUGGAUGAGAUGUUUUCAGCUCAGGACAAUGGAACCUGAGAUUAAUGAAAUAUAUUAGAUCAUAUGUAGCAAUUAAAUAUUAGAUAAUAUUUAACAAACAAAACAUUUAGACUUGUAUGGGAAUACAAACUCUCCUUCAUCACUGCGUUGCCUCACAUCACUGCUCCAUAUAGACACUGACAUUCUUGGCAGUAAAGCUCAAUUUUACCAGAAAUAAAAUGUGUUUUUUAUUCUCUCCUGCAAAGCAUGAAGGGAAGUAUUUAGCUUGUGUUGUGCUGGCAGCAGUGGUAGCUUAUAUUACACUUCACCAAAAAGGGCACAUUUAUUCUGGUCUCACUGUGGAUUGAAUGACUAUCUAAACUAGUGAAGUACAAAAACCUCUCCCGGUCUCUCUUUCUCCCAUAGAAUACGGAAGAACACUAAUGUGCGGUCAGGCAACAGGAAAGGUGACACUAAAGAUAUUUAUGAGAAAAGGCAUCAGGGAGAGGAGAAUGGUAAUGUAAUGAAUAUCAUGUAGGAUUUCAUUUUCUCAUUAUUUAGAAUGCUCGCAAAGGUAGUGAAUGUAUUAUGUCGUAGUUCCAAAAUGCUUUAGUGUGGAUAAAGCAAAAAUAUAUAAUUUUUGUUUUUUAUCUCCCUAUGUUUUGCUGCCAUCUUUUCAGACAUUUGUUGUAAUACGCAUUUCAUAAAAGGAAUUGUAAAUAUUUGUUUUGAUUAUUCAGAGUUCAAUGUGUACAUUUUGAACACUUAUUGGUUUGAAUUUGGGGGAAAUAGGCCUUUUUUACCUGCUUGGGUUUUAAUACUAGAAGACAUCUCCUCUGGCCUUAUUUGUUGCGCAGGUUUUCAAAGAUCACUGCAAUGACGACAUGUGUAUGUCAAUGUCAGAAGAAAAGAUCCAGGCUAUGUCAUGGCUUUUUUAACAAUAUUGACGUUAUUGAAAUAAACCUCUUAUUGGCA